AUGUAUAACGAGACAUUACCUAAUCGGCAGGUACAUCUUGUGAAACUCGGUCACUUAAAAAAUAGAAUCUCAGUUUCCAAUUUGGAUAUCGAUCCUUAUAUAUUUAUCUUAUUGAUAUACGUCUCAACUUUCUUUUUGUCGAUUGUGAAACAACAGCUUGAUUAUUGAUGUGUUGAACAGGAAAAUGAAGAGCUUAAAGGCGAUCAAAGGCGUCGAGUGAAGUCAAGAUAUAGGGACACAACAAAUUCUGCCAUGUUUUGGUUAUCGUUGAUUUUAACACUGGUGGUCUUCUGGUGUCACUCUGCAAAAGGUAAAUUUCUUCUGAUUUUCAGCGGCGCGAAUUAUUCAUUAGUCUUCCAAGUUAACGCUUUUUUGACUAAAUUAAAGACCUACACCAUUUUCCUGGGUUUACAGAUAAUUAUUCAAUGUGUUAUGCGCAGUAGUUCGUAUGUUUAAUAAUCUCUUCAUGGUGUUUCUUGCCCAAUUCUCUUAGAAAAAGAGAGGUCACUGAAAUGGACAAAAAUACCGAUCAUCAGUGAUAGCUAUAAUUAUCAUUAUAAUAAAUGAGCAGUUUGAAUAUGAGUGAAUGAAUCCGGUGCGUUUGUUAAAACAGAAAAUCAAAUCAGUGAUAGCUCGACUACCAUAAUUAAAUCAUUAUAACAAAUGAGCAGUUUGAAUAAAAUGUUAUUUGUAAUGUAGAAUGAAACUGGUCAUUUACCCGUAACGAUUUUCAUGUUUUUAAUCACAGCAGCCAAAUAAAUCAUAUGACCGUUCCCUUUGGCUACCUGCGGCUGUUUUUCGAAAUAUUCCAAACGUUUUUCUUACAAGGGAGAAUGCGAAUCUUAGAGACUUGAAAAUAGUAAGAUAAUGGAAACAAUCGUUUCCACUUGUACUAGGGAUAGAUUUAGAAUUUUACAACCGUCUGUACCUUUACAUUUCAUCUGAUUUAUCACGGUCAAUUCAAUCUUUUUUAUGGUGCUUAAUCCUUUAAAUCUCAAGAGCGAUCAACAACAAUUUUCUCCUUACGAUAACAAUAAAUAAUCAAGAGAAAACGUGACGAGAAUUGAAUAAAGUGAUCACUAAGGGGAAAAUACUUUGAUCUCAAAUAUUUCUUUAAGGAAAUCUAUGGAGAUCAGCCUAGAGGAUUUGUACUGAUUUCAACGAAUAUUAGGCCGUGUUUGGGGGGAGGGGGAACUCCCAUAUAAAAGUGAAAGGGAUGCUCGUGGAAUCACUUUGGAAUGUAAAUUGUAGAUUUUGGUCUCACUUAGGGUCUUUGGGAUGGAAAGUCACUAAAUUUGCCCAUUCAGGUAUCGCUUAGUGCUGUGCAUAAAGAAAUUUACAAAAAAUGCUAUGACACAGUGACACUGAGCACACAGAAAUCUCUCUUAGGGGUCAGUUUAAGCUUGAGCCACACCCACAUUGGCCUUCCUUGGAGGUUUAUUUUGAAUUUGCCGACGAGCAUUCCCGUCACUUUUAUAUCGGAGUCCCCCGCCCCCGGGGGCCGUGCUUGGAUGCAUAUAAGGGGCUUUAAGACUGUUAAAAGUGAAUUUUUGUAUGCCAAAGAGUUUCAACAAUUUCUUGUUCAGAUGCCAGACUUUCCCUUAGUGGGGAAAUUAAAUAAAAAAUCAUGUUUAAAUGAACAGACAUGCAUUUUAGUCAACCGUAUGGGUGUUAUGCAAUUUCAGCGUGUGAAUCCCCAGGUAAAAGCUGUUCUUUUGACCGGAGCUCAGGUCUGGAAAGGUAUUUUCGGGAUUAGGGAUUUGACCCAAAUACGGUGCGGGACUCUGGACAACGCGAGCUAUAUCAUAUGUUAACUGAUAAAGGGACUUUACAGAUACCUGGGAAGCGGGAUUCGCCAAAAUUCAAGCGCGGGAUGCGGGAUUUUUUUUACCUGAAUGUUGGGAAUUCGGGGGAGCGUACGUUUGAGCGGCAAAUGCGAAUCACCCAGUAGCGCGUUAAGUGUGCCUUGCUAGAUUUUUUUUAUGUUAUUGUUUUUCGUAACAAAAGAGGAAUUCGGGAUUUUGGCGGGAAAAAGAAGCUGUAAUGCGGGAUCAGGGCCCCCCUCCAGAUUGAUUACUUGCAUAAAUAAUCCUUGCUAAAUAUCGCAAUGUUAAGAUUGUGAUACGACGACAAAAAUAGACUGCGCAUGGAAUAAGUUGCUUUAAAAACGUGUUGUAAGUUUCCAUGAAUAAAACUAUCUGUCGCUACUAAUUAUAAAUGAAUUUUUUUUUACACCAACAGGAAAAGCUGGCCUUUGGCCUACCGGCCAAUAUGGCCUUCCUAUGCCUAAGGCUGGAUGUCCGAAUAACUGGUUUGAUGGCCGACGAUUUCGCGAUGUCGACAGCGGCAAUCUCAUAGACCGUAAGAUAUACGACUCCCUUCAUUUGGCUGGCUGGAUCAGCAGGGAAGGUACAACUGUAAUUGAUUCUCCUCGACUAACACUAUGUUUUAGUCUGUUUUUAUUAUAAAACCCACUAAACCAUCUCUUUUAAUAGUUUAAAAACUAUCCAUAACAAGGACGCUGUAAAAAUAUUGUGAGAAACGUAAUGCCUCAAUAAAGUACGAAACAGGAUUUCAUCGAUCCGCUAUAAUAUUUUCACCUCCGACUAAGCGUGUAUAAAUAGACGAAAAUCAAGGGUCAUUCGGGAAAAAUUACAUCAUUGCCAAAAAGCCAUACUAGAACGUGAUCAACUACGCGCAUCACCUCAAUCAUCGCCGAAAAUAAACCACAUGCUCAUCACGAUCCUCAUUUGCAUACAAUGAAAGUCGUCACCAUUCUUAUUCCCAGUUUCCACGGUCCCAGGCGUUCCGCUAGGAAUGCCUGGGCCCACAACCGUCGUAUUGUGUACUAAAUAUGAAGAAAAAAAAUAAAAAACGGCUUGCAGAUUAUGUGUCUCGCUGAUUACGAAAUCGAGACUUAUUAUCCUCUUCAAUCUUCAAGUAAGCAAAGAACUUGUCUUGAUAAAAAUUUACAAGCCAAAUACUUGAUUAAUAAAAAUCAAAUGCUUUAGCCUCUCAUUCGAUCACACCCGUGUUAUGGGUACUUGUUACCCAUGCACUUAAGUUGUGUUCUAUUACAAAACUCACCCAAUCACCGAAAGGAGUAAGAAAUACUCUAAAGGUUCUGUUAAGCCCCUCCUCUAUAUUAGACCCAUCUAUAAUACUCCUGCCCCCCCCCCCACUUCCCCCUGCCCCAAUCCCAGGAGACAGGAGAUUUUAUAAUUGGUCCUUUUUUCCCUUAUUACGAAUUCCACUUCAUACGGACCAGUUAGUUUUUCAUAGCUUGUUUGUCAUACAGUGAAACCUCGAUAGUAACGAACCUCUAUAUAACGACGUCCUCGGUUUUCUUUCACUAAUAAUAGUAAAUGUGUGAAAAAGAAUCUCGAUAUGGCGAAGCCUUGUUAUAGCGAAAAAAUUUUGCCAGUUCCUUGGCCCUUCGUUACAUCAAGGUUGCAGUGUAGUUUCAUAUCAAAUAAAAACCCAGUCCUUCCUUAAAUCGGGAUGAGCAGGCCAGAAAAAUGAAAACAUAUAUUAGGUAGAUAAAUUAUAAUAGUGGAAUGAAUAGUUAAAAAAAAUAAAAAUAAAACGGCACGGUUUUUUCCUUGCUGUAACUUUCGAUGGCGGAGAAAGGAAACAAUUUUCUUGUUUACAGGUGAAACUUUUGAAACAUAAACUUGGACAAUUUUUUUCCAAAGGCAUUGAACAAGAUUUCUGUAUUAAGACAAGCAAAGAUGUAUCUUAUAACUGGCCAGAAGGAAAAUAUUGCAUUUUAAAGCACGAUGCCUGUCCUUAUGGACUAUCCGGUGGGUAAGUAAACCUUGUUGGUGACUGCUGACAUUUUAAUUCUCCACAUGUACAGUAUCGCGGUUACAUAAUAAUUAUUCGGUGAGGUAUGCAUCUGAGAAUAUCAAAAAUAUAUAAUAAUAAUCUAGUUACCCAACAGCAUUGACAUUAACUUUUAAUAGGAAAGACUAUCCUUUAUUGAGAGGCACUGUCUAGUAAACAAUUUUUAAUUCACUCAUAUUUCUUUAUAUAUUUGCAGGUCGGUUAGCUGGCUUCCAAUGCGUUCCAAGUUUCAAGACGCAACUGUGAAUGGAAAACAAUUAAAAAACGUAACGAUAAGCUAUUGUUGUAGCUCCAAAGGUAAGGCACGAUCAAGUCCCUUAAGAAGCGUCACCUUUUUAGUAUAGGCCAUCCGAAUAAAAUGUUUCGUUUCCCAUCGCCCGACCGACCCAUUUUUUUCGAAAAGUAAAAAAAAAAAAAACCAGAUUCACUAGUCAAAGAAGCAAGUACUUUGAUUUACAAGCACUCGAUCUUGUUGUAACAACAAUUGCAGUAUGAUGUGAUGUCCUUGUCUUAAAUUUACAUCGAUACUACGUUUUUAAAGGCUGUUUAGACAUUAAUCUUUUACCAUCUGAUUAUCUAUCUUACAGAUUAAACGUGAGAUUUAAUAUAAUAUGCAAUAGUAAACUGGUAAACAAAGUGUUCAUUCCUUUUUUUUUUUGCCCGACCGACCGACCCACCAUCACAAGAGACGGGGCGAGGGGAAACGAAACAUUUUAUUGGCAUGGCCAUAUGAAAAAGCAAUAAAACAACGUCUCCUUCAUCUAUUUACUAGGUGACACUAGCCAUUCCAUGACAUUGCCACUUGAAAAACCUUUCUACUUGUACUCUCUCAACGGCGCAAAGUGUCAGAUCGUCAAAGGAGCAACAUUGAAGGAGGAGAGCGUAAAUUUCGAUAAAAAAGAUAGAAGAUAUCAUAUAACCGUUCAGGGGGAAAUUCCAUUUGGCCCGGUGAAGGAUGGUUCCCAGAUGAAAUUAACCUAUUGCUACUAUACUCCUGGUAAGGUUUUACUCUGACUUUUCAAUUACGCCCUUUCGGGAACCAGUUUAAAACAAAAUUUAUUUAAAGCAAAACAUCCCCAUCAAAGAUCCAACUUCCAUCUUCAAAGGCAACACGUAUCGUGGAGAGUGGACCCCGAUCUCUCUGUCUUCUGCUUUGUACUUCCCACUGAUGACAAGGCUUGAGUGGCCUCUUCAAAGUGCAAGCCCGGCCUUCUGAUAUGGAAUCUGAUCAUUAAAAUUAUCUCAAAAACAAAGUGCCUUCUUUAGUCGACCUUGACGGCAAGCAAGGAAUUUGACUAGGCUGCACAGGCAUCGGGAGAGAUAGCGAAGUGCUAAGAGGUCUUCACCGCCCCCCUUAGGGUUAUUUUUCUAGCCUUUGUUCCUUCCAGAACACGCAUAAUGCAGCGAAGCCAUUUAAUCCGGGGCUAGGGAUCCUGUUGACGGGCAUCAUGGCGUGUCCACGCUCCAUUCUGGCAAUUUUUACUGUUUCGACUUUUGAAGGUUCAAAACGAGAACGUUAGGCGCACCACGGUUGUGUGACCCUACGAGUGGGUGCCACAUGACAUAUAGAAGGCCUGCUGAAUUGAAAGCCUUUAUUGAUGAAGAGAAUUGAAGCUUACGUUCUAUUCCCUCCUUGCUGUCUUGCAAGUAGCAUAGUUUGUCAGCGUUGAAACUAAAGGCCAGAGGAGACAAACAGGUACAACGCCAAAACACUUCGUCUCAAACAGCUAAUUGGCUCACAUAAGAAACACAGAAAAUAUCAAUUAUCUCCCUAAGAUCUAAAAGAAGGCGGUCGUCAUUGAUGUACAUGGCAGGAUUUACAGUUCAUGAUCUAAGGCACACAAUUAAAUUCUGAAAAUACUUGUGAGAAAAUAAAACUAGACUGGUUUCCAGUUUCAGUUUCGGCAACUGAGGAGCGAACAAAAGACCUCGCCCAGCUUAACGCCACACAUCCUGCAAGUUGCUUCGCGGUAUGUUAAAUGGUGGGCUCCGACGAAGAUUUCAGAAAACGCCAUCUUAAGGCGUGGCCACACGCAUCCGGAUACUUUCGAAACGGAGAUUUUUUCCUCCGUUUUGCAAAAAAAUACACGUCCACACGUAGCGUAUUCGAAUCAUUUUCGUCCGUCCAUACGAAAACGCUGAACAGAGCAUGCGGAAUGCUAGUAGUAAAUGAUGUAUUCACAAUCAGCACAUCAUUGUAUUAGAAAACCUCUGUUUUCGUCCGUCCACACGUGAACGAGUGGCCAGGGUUUUCAAAAAUCUUCACUCUGGAGAGCGUUUUUGAAAAGAUGCGUUUUCGGUGACCGAAAACGUGUGGCCCAUCAGAAGGAAAAACCUCCGUUUUCAAACAAAAACGGAUACAUGUGGACGGGGCGUUAGUCUGUGUAGAAAUUUAAAACUGUGCCAGAAAUAAAAUUCAAAUUCGCUAAAUGGCCUCCGUCAUGCAGGCGGCGUUAAGUAUUGUAUAGUAUUGCUACCGAGGUCAAACAUUUUUUUGAAACCCAUUUAUUAUUUCAGGUUGGCAUGCACAAGACAAUGCACUUAAACAAAACGCCACUACUGGUAAUCUAGUCUAUAACUACCGUAUUCGGUGCACGUCUUCAGUUGGGUUAUUUAAUGGGUAUUAGUGUGGUCCUGCUAUUCUGUGGUAUCCGUUAUCAUGUUCAACUUUUACGAAACGUUUUCUUCCGUUUUAGGUGGAUCUAUAACAAUUCCAGCAAGUCAAGAAGUUGAGAAAACUCUUUUUACAGGAGUAAGUAAAGUUCUUAAAAUCUCGCACUAUAGACAUUUUCCAGGUUAUUCUGAAUAAACCUCAACUCAGGGCUUGGGUUGACAUAAUCCGAUGGAAUUACACAGCCAAGUUAAUGAUGUUUAUGACUAACGGUUGAAAAUUUCCAUUUUUACCCCUUACGACGAAGAUUUGAGUUUUUUUCGGCUAUACACUGUUCAGCCUUCGUGGCGAGAGUGUCAAAAGGGGAAGGGAGAAUUCGGGACAGCGAGGUUGGAAACUUCCCCUUCCACUUGCGGGGAAUUCCGCCUGCGGCUUCCCGUUAGCCUUGUGCUGAAGCCGAGUCAGGGAGGGAUGGACUUCGUUAACUUGGCCAAGAACAUAAUUUCAGCCGCACGUGAACCAUGUUCGCCUUGCAGUACAUGUUCAGGCGUGAGGCACCCCCGUGGCAUAGCGUCAUGUGCCGAGGCAAAAACGCCUACACGCAGGCUAGAAACGGCUGAAACCAUGGAAACUCUCAGUUAGGGAUUCUAGUCUAACAUUCAAGAAAGUGAUAACUUCACGAUCAUUUGUUUUCUCUCCAGACUCAACUUGACAACAAGACUCAGUCCUCCGGCCUGGCAGUUGCUAUCGGUAUUGGAGUAGCAUGCGCAAUGAUUGGUACCGCAUCUAUUGCCUUGGUAACAAAGAGGCUCAUACGAAAAAAGAGCGACGAAGAUGAUGACGACGAUGAACCGAAACCUGACGAUCCUUAAAUUGUAUUAAAACUGAUUUUGGUCCUGAGAAAAAGCUUCAUUAACCCUUUCACUGCUAGCAAAAUUCGAC